AUGGCUACUUCCAGCACUGCUGGCGAGGUAGAUGCCUUGCUCAGCGACCACUCCACAUCAAAUCGCGGACCCGAGAUGCUGGGAGCAUGUAUUACUAGCAUGAUCUUCUGUGUCAUAGGGUUGAGCAUCCGUGUGUGGGCACAAUCGCUCAUUCACAGGAUCUGGACGGCAGAUUGUAUUCUCAUCAUUCUCGCGGCCAUUUUCACCCUGGCGACCGCGGGCUGUGUGAUUGCCGCAGUGGCUAGCGGCAUGGGUCAGCAUGCAUACUGGGUCAUCAGCGAAGACCCGCAUCCUCCAGAGCGAAUGGCAUUUGUAGUGGAGAUGUCGUACAUCAUAACGAUAAUCCAAGCCCCCGCACUCAUGUUCACCAAGUUGUCAGUCUUAGUGUUUUACCAACGGGCCUUCUCGACCAUUGUUCGAGGGGUUCGCUGGACCAUCUGGGGGCUCUUUGCCUUCUGCCUUGGCUUGGGAGUCGCCUCGACGAUCGUCUUCGUCUGUGCCUGCUUGCCACCACAGAUGUUCUGGCUUCGUGUCUACCCCAUCUUCGGCUACGAGGCGCCUCAGCCCCUGGAAGAUUAUACGUGCAUGCCUCAAAGGACCCAUCUGUGUAUUCCGCUUCUGCUUGAUUUGUUUUCCGAACUAAUUCUGCUCGGUAUUCCGGCGGUGGUCUUGUGGAACCUCCAGAUGGCCCUCCGCCGGAAAAUCAUCAUCAUCUUCACCUUCUCACUUGGAUUGUUUGUUACGGCGAUUUCAGCCGUGCGCUUCUACUAUGCCUGGACCAUGGUACUUGGGGGCGAUAUGACAUGGGCAGAUACAGACACCUGCAUUUGGACCACAGUGCAGCUCUGCUUCGGUAUCGUGACCGCAUGCAUCCCCGCCUCGGCUCCCUUGUUGCGACUCCGCCAAACUCCCAACCCCCGCCCAUGGAACAAGCAGGGAGGAUACAUGCUAUCGAUUAACUACGCAUCCAACAGUAGAAAGCGGAAGGACAUGGGGACGGAAAGCAUGCUGGACCUUCAGAGAAGCCCCGAGGAUGAUGUUGAGGACUCUGCGACCCGAGGCACGAGUUGGGAAACACCGCCAUCACACGAAUUACAAAAGAUUGAGGUGGUCCGGAAGGUGGAGAUCCAUCAUGGUCCGUGA